AUGGAUACAAUAACACUUGUUCUUCUAUCUGUGCUGUAUACUGAAUGCAUCGCUGGAGUCAUAAUAAAUCUCAUCAUCGUGGCUGCAAAUCUCAUGAAAUGGAAAACAAUGAAAUCUCUUCAUAUUGGGGAUAAAAUCAUCAGCUCUUUGGCUACUUCCAGAAGCUUAUACCUCUUCAUUGUCUUCUUUUCUAGCCUAUCUAAUCUACUGGAUCUAUGGAAGAACAAGUUUCUGGCUAUGUCUAUAAAGGCAGUAGUCACAAUGGUUUUACAUUCUACUAAUCUCUGGUUUGCCACCGUCCUCUGUGUCUUUUACUGUGUGAAGAUUACAAGCUACAACUGGAAGUUCUUCAUCUUUCUGAAGACCAAGAUCUCCACCCUGGCUCCAUGGUUCCUUCUAGCUUCUCUGUUGAUUUCUAUAUCUUCUAGUUUUCCAUUUGGUUGGUGCAUUAAUAAAAUAGAGAUGCCAAAUUUAACAAAUAUUUCUCUAGAAAAUAUAACUCUAUCUAGAGAUGUGGAGAAUGAAAAUCAUUCUAGUGUGUUCUUGCUUUUCUUCAUAAUCUCAUGCCCAUCAUUCCUAGUAUUCUUGGCUGCAGACUGCCUGUUACUUUACUCUCUUUGGAUGCACACCAGACGGAUGAGGAGCUCUGGGUUGGGAUUUCGAAGCCCAAACUUGGAGUCUCACUUCAGCGCUGUGAAAAGUAUGAGCUUCUUCUUAGUGUUACAGAUGAUAUACUUUUGUAUGACGGUGUAUACAUCUAACUCUGGGCACAGCAGUUUGAUUCAAACGUUUGUCAAUUAUAUUAUAACAUGCAGCGCACCCUUCCUCCAUUCACUUUACAUGAUCUAUUCCAACAGUGAACUAAAAAAGACAUGUAUCUCAAUGUUCUAUGGUAUUUCAUGGUGUAUUCCAACAGAGGGACUGUAA